CCAAUCCGACUCAUUAAGUUCCUUUCGAAUAAACAAUACAUUUUUUCUUCUCUUCUCUUCUGUUCGUCAUCAAGUCACUCCCAAAGAGUCUACAAGUUUCGUUCCCUCUCUCUAUAGCGAUUACGGACCAAAAAUUAUAUCCAACCCUUGAAUUUUUUUAUGGCCUCUACACCAUUUCAGAUCCUCUUCCAAACCCAAUUUUCUUCGAUCCUUCUGGUGAAACUGCCGUCUCUUUCUCAUACUAAUAUUAAUUUAAAGAUUACUGUCAUAGCCUUCGUUAAUAUAUAUUUCUAAAUCAGUUUCUGUGAUCAGUAACAUCAAAGCUGUAUUUUCCGAUCUUUAUUUUUUGUUUUUACAAAGAUGACAGCAAGAAAUCCUCUUUCCACAAAUCCAGAACCCUGCAAACAUCUUUCAGAUAACAAGCUUAAACAAGGCUUUAAUGGCUAUAAAUCAGUUCUAAAGUGUGUCAAAAUCAUCCCAAAUGGGAGGUCAAGCAUUGGGAUGUCCAAUACAAAGAUACCCAGUUGCGAUUCUUGUAAUGAGUAUCGAGGUAGACUCUAUUUUUGUUUGGUUUGCUCAUCUAUUUCAUGCGUAGACCACAUCCUCACGCAUACCCAGUUUCAGAAUGGUCAUGAUAUAGCCGUCGACAUUGAAAGGGCUGAGCUUUAUUGCGUCGUGUGCCACGAUCAGGUCUAUGAUCCUGAUUUUGACAAGGCUGUGAUGUCUAAACACGUGGUGGAUAUGCCAAAUGUUAAUUAUGGUAUUCAGAGUAUUGGAGGGAGAUUACGCAAGAGAAAGAGGUCGGUUUCAGCGGUUCGAUUGGUGGAUUUGAAGAAUCCUCAAGAUUUGGUUUUGACGAGGGAUCAAAGGGCUAAGUCGUGUUAUCCAUUAGGUUUGAGGGGAUUGAACAACUUGGGCAGUACUUGUUUCAUGAACUCUGUCUUGCAAGCUUUGCUACAUGCUCCCCCAUUGAAGAAUUACUUCUUGACCAAUCAACAUGACCGUUCCACUUGCCGGAAGAAAUCGGCGGAACGCCUAUGUUUGCCUUGUGAUAUUGAUGGUAUAUUCUCUGCUGUUUUUUCAGGCGAUCGGUCUCCUUAUAGUCCAGCUCAAUUUCUAUACAGUUCGUGGCAGCAUUCUGCAAAUCUGGCAAGUUACGAGCAGCAAGACGCUCAUGAGUUCUUCAUUUCUGUUUUAGAUGGUAUCCACGAGGAGUCUAAAAUAAGAAACACUAAGAGAGAAAUCAGAGAUUGCAAGUGCAUUGCUCACAAGGCGUUCUCAGGGCUGUUGAGAUCAGAUGUUACAUGUAUGGCCUGUGGAUUUACUUCAACAACGUAUGACCCUUGUGUUGACAUUUCGCUCAACCUGGAUGCCACCAGUUAUUCUGCAGCAACUGUAGCCAAUAUGCCUGAUAAACCAAAUGAAAUCAGUAGCUCAUCCAGUCUUUUAGGUUGUUUGGACUUGUAUACAAGACCAGAAAAGUUGGGGUCGGAUCAGAAACUCUAUUGUGAAAAAUGUCGAGAACGUAAAGACUCACUAAAGCAACUGUCCAUCAGAAGACUCCCAUUAGUAUUGUGUCUGCAUAUAAAAAGAUUUGAGCAUUCACUGGUCAGAAAAAUGUCGAGGAAGAUCAACAGCUAUCUGCAUUUUCCUUUCUCUUUAGACAUGAUGCCUUAUUUAUCAUCCUCUGUCAUCAGAAGCAGAUUUGGAAAUAGAAUCUUUGCUUUUGAGGGCGAUGAAUCUGAUUUGUCAACAGAAUUUGAGGUGUUUGCAGUAGUAACGCAUUCGGGGACAUUGGAAUCUGGUCAUUAUAUGACAUAUUUGCGCUUGAGAAAUCAGUGGUACAAAUGUGAUGACGCUUGGAUUACCGAGGUGGACGAGAGGAUCGUCAGAGCCUCUCAGUGUUACAUGAUGUUUUAUGUACAGAAGAUGCUAAAUGAGAAUCUGAGUUACCAGCCCAUCUCCCUGACGGAGGAGACAUUUCAUCCGAUCUAUGGUUGUUGAUAGGGUGAUAAUUCUGAGACAUUUCAAGGCCAGCUACAAGCUAGGUAAGAGAAUAAAAGAAAGAUGUUCAUUUCCUGGUUCUUGGAACUUUUGGACUGAAAACUUUCUGCAUUCGGAUUAGAAGAAGGAAUUGUUAUUCAAAAUCCAUCACAACGACUGGGAAAGAUAAAAUUAAAUUGCUUGUCUCUGAAGGUCACAACUUCAAAGUAGAGGCUUUUCUGGUGCAAGUUCUACAAGCCAGAUUUGGUAACUGAUGAUUACACAAGUAUGAGGGGUUUGCUAAAGCGUUUUUCUUGGUAUUCAAUCAACUUUCUAUACCAUACUCUAAUCUCGUAAUUUUUUUCAAGCCAAGAAAAAUGUCAACAUUCUUUUUUACUAGACAUGUACAGCACAGAUCAUUUAAAGUAAAGCGGGAACAUCUUUUAGAUUUUUUAGAUUCCUGCUUAAUGCAAAUAUGUUCUAUUGGUUCCUCCA